UGGUCAUUAGCGUCACCGGCGGGCGGACCAAUGACAUAAAAGCUCCGGCUGCGGGAUCUCCCUAGGCGGAAGUGCUGAGCGUAGCGCUGCCAGGAGGGGGAUUUAAAGCCCAGGCAGCCGCUUACUAGCGAUCGCAUAGCGGGCACCGGCCGCACAAUCUUCGCAGACAUGAAGGUGGCUUCCAUAGAGUGCCGGCUGCUGCGCAAGCUGCUCAGGAAGGAGUUUCCCCGGAUGCUGCUCCUGGACUGCAGACCCUACCUGCCCUUCUCUACCUCCAGCGUCAGGGGUUCCCUCAACGUCAACCUCAACUCCGUGGUGCUUCGCAGGGCUCGGGGCGGGACGGCUCCUCUGCACUUUGUCAUCCCGGAGGAGAGUGUCCGUACCCGGCUACUGGAUGGCCAGGUGUCGGUGAUCGUGGUGCUGGAUGAGAGGAGCCAGAGGUGGCAGAAACUCAAGAAGGAGAGCACUGCUCAGAUAGUCCUGAAUACCCUGAGCAGCCUCGCCCCGGGACCCAAGAUCUGCUUCUUAAAGGGUGGGUAUGAGUCAUUUCACGUCGAAUACCCGGAGUGUUGCGUCAAUCAGAAAAGUUUCGCUCAGGAAGAAAGCGAGAGCGACAGAAGCCUCAUACGGUGCGAAAAACUGACUUCCUUCCACAAACCGUCAUAUGAUCAGGGGAGCCCUGUCGAAAUUCUUCCGUUUCUUUACCUCGGCAGUGCCCACCACGCUUCCAGAUGUGACUCCCUCGCCAGCCUUCGCAUCACCGCCUUACUGAACGUCUCCAGAAAGAUGGCCGACUCCUUUACAGACCAGUAUAAUUACAAGUGGAUACCGGUGGACGAUAACCACACGGCGGAUAUCAGCAGCCAUUUCCAAGAGGCAAUCGACUUUAUCGAUACUGUGAGAUGCUCUGGAGGAAGAGUCCUUGUGCACUGUGAAGCUGGCAUCUCCAGGUCUCCAACUAUCUGCAUCGCUUACCUUAUGAAGGCCAGAAGACUGCGCCUGGAAGAAGCCUUCGAAUACAUAAAGCAGCGUCGAAGCCUCAUUUCCCCAAACUUCAGUUUCAUGGGCCAAUUGCUGCACUAUGAAUCCGAGGUCUUUUCUUCCAAAACCAGUGCCCCGGCGGCGUCCUGCAAGAGAGACUCCAUGUCCUUCUUCGCUGAAGAUCUGAACAUUGGGAAGAGCUUUGAAGGCUCCUGCUUCAACUUUCCGAGUUCUGUAUUGAAUGCGGUCCCGCUCAGGUCUCCUGUCCAUCAGUUAAAGCUCAGCCCGAUCACAGCGACAUCGUCCGGCUAACAACCUUCCGCGUGCGACUGAGACGGAAAAACCCAAUAAGAACUUUCCAAUGUGCAAUAUUCUCACGCGAUUCCAAGGAU